CUGCUGUGUGAUGCCUGUUUGGCAAAAAUCUCUCCAGCGUCCACCCCUCUCCUGCUCGCUCAUUCGCUCCAGGGCUGCAUUGUGUGGCGAUGUCUCCGUGAGAAAAAGGCGCGUGAAAAGUUGUGUUAAAUGUUUGAAAUACAACACGCACGCCGAGAAGGGACUCCGCUCCUUGUGUGCGCGGCACCGGCCGGCGUGUGUGCGCGACAGACUCCGCCAAGCAAGGCCAAAGUAGUCCAGGACGCAGAGAAACUCUUUGUGACGCCUUAAAAAGCAAAACUACCCAAAAAGUCAAACUGGCUCACGUUCUCGCCAACCAGCCCGGCGUGACAGCUGCUCUUCAGCCCGCUUGGAGGACUGUGAGCAGCAGCAAGAGGAUGGCAUCAGAGCUGGCAAUGAGCAACUCCGACCUGCCCACCAGUCCCCUGGCCAUGGAAUAUGUUAAUGACUUCGAUCUGAUGAAGUUUGAAGUGAAAAAGGAGCCUGUGGAGCCCGAUCGCAACAUCAGCCAGUGCAGCCGCCUCAUCGCCGGGGGAUCAUUGUCUUCCACGCCGAUGAGCACGCCUUGCAGCUCGGUGCCCCCCUCCCCGAGCUUCUCGGCACCCAGUCCGGGCUCGGGGAGCGAGCAGAAGACACACAUAGAGGACUUCUACUGGAUGUCCGGUUACCAACAGCAACUCAAUCCAGAGGCGCUGGGCUUCAGCCCCGAGGACGCGGUCGAGGCGCUCAUCAACAGCAGCCACCAGCUCCAGUCGUUCGAUGGCUACGCCAGAGGCCAGCAGUUCGCAGGCGCAGCCGGCCCGGGAGGCGCCAUGGCCGGGGAAGAGAUGGGCUCAGCCGCGGCGGUGGUGUCGGCGGUCAUCGCUGCUGCCGCCGCUCAGAACGGUGCUCCGCACCACCACCACCACCAUCACCACCACAACCACAGCGGGCCAGGAGGCGGCGGAGGCGGCCACCACCACCAGGCGCCCGGCGUCCAGUCCAACGGCGCCUCCGGGACAAACCACCCGCACAUGCGCCUGGAUGACCGCUUCUCAGACGAGCAGCUGGUGACCAUGUCCGUGCGGGAGCUCAACCGGCAGCUGCGGGGGGUCAGCAAGGAAGAAGUGAUCCGGCUCAAGCAGAAGAGGAGGACCCUCAAGAACCGAGGCUACGCGCAGUCGUGCCGCUUCAAGCGGGUCCAGCAGAGGCACGUCCUGGAGGGCGAGAAGACGCAACUGGUGCAGCAAGUGGAGCACCUCAAGCAGGAGAUCUCCAGGCUGGUCCGGGAGAGGGACGCGUACAAAGAAAAGUAUGAGAAGCUCAUCGGCAACGGCUUCAGAGAAAGUGGUUCGAGCAGUGACAACAACCCUUCAUCCCCGGAGUUUUUCAUGUCAUCCAGAAAAUUCCUCCAUCUGUGAUUUCAAACCCCAUUCCUCCGUGCCCUUGGCUUCCUGAGACAACUCCACAACUGAGCAGUGAGGACAUCAGAGCGACUGACCAAUCACACGAAGACACCUACAAAGCACAACAUUCAAAAAUGUCUUCACUGGGGAACAAAAGACAGGACCUACUGGAACCCCUCAAAAUUGCCACUUCUGUCUCUUUUCCUGAUAUUUUACCUCCAGCUUUUUUCUACAAAACAAAAAAUGGGGGGAUGGGGGAUAGGGGACAAAGACUAAAUAUGAGAGACAGUGAAAUCGGGAGGACUACUUGCUCUUCAGCAGGAACUGCACCGAUGCAUGCUUCUGUAAAUAAAUCAUAAUAAAACCCAUACUCCUAAAGUGGGACACAUACCAAGUCAUUCUCACCAUCCCAUAAACCUUCACGACUGUGGGUAGUCCUCAUGGCCGCCAUUUUCCACAUGAAGCCACUACUAUCCAGACACCGUGUAAUUAUCAUUUCCAAUAUCAUUUCUCGUCAUUGUGACUGUAAAAAAAAAAAAAAAAAAAAGCAAAAGUGCUUGCAAUUAUCACUGGCUUGGUCUCCUACCACCAAUAUCUGCUUUAGAACAUGUAAAUAGAGAUGGAUGAAGACAACAGCAUGAAACACCACUUAGUGUAUCAUUGCAACUCCAGAGUACCAUAAAUCUCAACUUGUGUGGAUAUUUGAAACAUCCUUUCUAUAAGUUAUUUUCUAAUAGCAACAUACAAUGUGUUUUAUAUACCGCAUAGAGAUCUUAGCUUGAGGUAAAUGUGUUAACAAGCUUAAAGCUACUACAAGGCAACACAUGAGUUUUAUCUGUGGAAAAAUAAGUGUCUGAAAAGGAAACAUAGGUGAAUCUGGGGUUAAUUUACCUUGAAAAGAAGUUAUAUAAAUCUUUAUAUUGGUACCGGUCAGAGGUUUCUUCCAUUUAUUAGCCUACUGUAUGUGUUAUUUCCUAUAGUGGCCAGUGUUGCCAGCCCAGGAGAAGGAACUUUUGCUUUGCAUGGUUGCAUAAGGUGCUUUGAUCCCAACCUAAUACACUGGGAGCAAGAAGACCUCCACCAAUUGCAAUGUAGACAUGAGGACACCUCAAUCUGUCUUCACUGGACUAUUAAAACCAAAUGGACAGACCGAUAAGAUGCCAAACCAGUGAACGGACAACCUCCACUGGGACAACAGGCAACCUUGACGUGGUCAACAGGGAACUGGAACACCUCAACUCCACCGUGUAUCCCCUACCUCUUUUUGACGACUUCUCCACAACCAAGACUGUCAGUCCACCUUUCCCCACUGCAUGCCACAAUGUUGGAUGCAACAGACAAAUGCCGUGCUGUGGGAACCGAAACAAUUGUUCUGUUACAGUAAACGCUCAGUGACAUAAGCUAGUAAUAUCUCAUAGGUUCAUAGCCAAAACACAGCAUCGCUCACAUAUGCCACUGUAUAUAAUGUACUGUCAACUAUGUAUAGCUAGGGCUGCUGUACUCUGCAUGUUGAGUUGUAGAAGGGUAGGCUCACAUUCCUAUUGUGGAUGCGGUUCUUCAGCCAAAUAGGCAGCAGUGCGGUGCCAAUAGGUCUUAAACUCUUUGGAGGGCACGGAACCUCACUUUUGAUGUGGGACAGAACCUGGCCACAGUGAGCAUGGGUGGGAGGCAAACGAAGACGAGAGGGAAACUGGGGCGCGCCAAUUAAAUGGCAGCUUACAAAGUGGUACAGGGCAUCCUGCCAGUAGCUGUCCAUUCAUCCAACGUCAAAGGGAUUUGUACAUCUCAAUGAGUCGACAUGCUGCCAGAGAAGUCCUAAACCAAAGCUGAGGAAAGAAAGAGUUCUAAAAGUGAAGGGUGUGUCAAAGCUAUGCUCUGUCACUCCUUACAAGGUAUACACGUCUUAUAGAAAACCACAUUGGAAAGUUGGAAAAAAAAACCUUGACCUCAAACUGUUAGGCUGUCAUGACCUCAUGUCCUGCUAGACGUUUACUAUGUGCUAAUGAGCACAGGCGUCAGCUCAACCAGAUGCUCAACCCUGAGGUUACACACCUGAUCCCCCUUCUAGCACUUCUUUAAUUUAAGAAAAGUCAUUUCACAAAAAAAAAUCCAUUAAUGCAAUUAGUCGCUUUGUUUCGACUGUUGGGAUAGACUGACAGGAUACACAAUAUUUUCUAGCAAUGACCUGCCCAAUCAUCAAUAUCCUCAGCAUAAAGAUUAUCCACUGAAAAAAAAAGCAUUUUCCACUGUCAGACACACACAUAAACACUGUAAUCUAAAUAGCAAGAUGGUAUGUUAACAGGUCAUCAACAUAAUAGGAGUGUUUAGUGCUACAAUAUGCUGUUACCGUAAUCACAGGUCAAAAGAUGUAUUGGUCAUGUUGUCGGUAUAUAUUAACAUAAUGGAUAAGUGAGAGGUUGGGUGGGUAGCAUUGAUAUGCAGGGUAGGGAGUUACCGUUUAUUCUACCUUUACCUCUCUUUCCUCUCCUUGCAUAUGUGUUUUGCAGCACACAAGUGUAGACCACAGUACUGAUUAACUUCUAUGGCCUUUAUUUCAUUACCAUCUUGACAAUUAUCUCAACUAGUUAAGAAGUGCAUGGCCAUGUGAUUAAACACCCAAUUAGUGUCAUCAGAGGCUGCCGGGACCACUGAAGUUGGGGGCAAAGAAAUGUUUUAUGAAUUUCAGCCUAUUUUGUGGUUGGUGAUGCAGCUAGACCACGCGGCAUAUCUGAAAUGUGCUUGGCAUCACAGUCGCACAAAGUGUCUGGUGGGGUGUUACGUUUACUACUGACCUCAAGCCAGACAUGUUUGGGGUAGAGGGAGUGGGGUCAAAGGUGAAAGGAUUACAGUGUGAAACCCCAUGGCAAUUCCUCUGCUCUAAUCCCUAGCCUCAGGCACCUGCACACAGAUUACACAUAUGCAGGCAUUGAAAUGCACAAAGUCAAUGUACGACUCCUUAAAGUGGCCGCUUUGUUUUGGUAUUAAAAUGGACAUGGGGACAGUGGCAAAGGCUCAUUCUCGUCACCAAGAAACAGACCUCCUUAUGCCGUACAGCUAAUGACAGCGAUGAAUAAAGCCUUUACAGCCCAUCCUCCCUCCUUAUUGUGGCCGGCAGCACAUAAGCUUGUGCUUUGUGUGAGCAGUUAGGCAUCAAGCCCCUUGCUGAGAGAUGAGAUCGCCCAAGAAGAUUUAAGAAAGAAUAUAGAGAAUCGGAUUAACCAAAAAGCUCUCGGCAGACAUGAGAGUAAUACCAUUGAUCAAUGCUGUAAAACAAAUAUUUAGCAUCUGAUUAGGUAAUAGGGAAAAACAGAUGCUUUAAACUUCUAUUUGUCAAUCCCUUUAUAAGAGUCUUGUAGCGUCAAGGCCAAACAUAUUGACUUUGUUCAAACCAAGAAAGGCAGGGGUUUGAAUAUGUACGAUCCUGCUGUUGAAAUAAAUGAAAGGAGAAAAAAAAAUGGCCAGCAGGUGUGGACAGGUGGCGUAUCACCCUGCAACAUUUAGCCGUACAAUCUGCUUUCCGACAGCUUGAUUUACUGUCCUAUUUGCAUGCUUUAAAGGAAAACUGCACUUUUUGGAAAUUUGCCAAUCCACAAUCUUUAUGCAAGACAUUAACACAUAUGUCUCUCUUUUCUGUGUGAUGUAAAGAUAUAAAAACAGCUAAAAAAAGACGUAGGUAACAAUACACUUCAUGGGAAACACUUAUUCCACCUAUAAAGCCUUUAAAAAAAUUCAAAAAAGCGGCAAUAAUGCCUCAUUUACAUAUAGUGUGACGUAUAUACAUAUUAACCAACUCACAGCAACAUUGUUAUUAUUGUUAUUAACAUUGUCACAUUGAUCAAACUACAUAACUGGUGUAUUAACACCUUUCCACACCAAUUAACCAUCUUCCCCACACAGUCCCCUCCAGCGCUUCAACACCUCAGGCCACUACCAUAAGGUGAUGCUACAUAGUGCUGCUGUGUUUUAUUUUAUUUUAACAACAAUCAACAACUUCACACAGAUCAUUAAAAAAAUAAUUAAAUAAUAUAUCUUACAGAUCACGUACACACAUAUGUACACAGUAUACAUAUUGCGGGGUAAUAAUAGAUAUAGCAACUUCUGAUCAAUCCAUGUCAAUUUCAGACUUAAAAUAAUGUACAGGUUUAAGCCAUACACAUUCCUGGUUAAACCACCAACCUGGUUUAUGCCUCGCCCACUCCGAUUACAGACACAGAUAAUUUAGAUGGGUGAACAGGUACAGAUAGUAGUGUACUCGCUCAUCCCUAAUUACAUGUUAUCGUGAAUGUACCUGUUACUACAUGCUCACAGCAUGUAUAUAAAACCAUAAAACCUUGUUGGAGCUUUUUCAGAGAAGGAGAAAGAUGUGUGUUCAUGUCUCACAUAAGGAUUUUGGAUGAUGGCAUAAUUUAAAAAAAAAGUGCAUUUUUUCCCCUUUAAAGCACAAUUGACGACUCUUUUCUGUAUUUAAAAAAAAACCAUCAAAUGGACUUCCUGAUAGAGGAGACAGUGUUAUUUAGACCCUGCUAAGAUUGUUUGUUCCUAUUUAAGCGGAGAAUGUUCGAACUGCUGGCUGGACAUCAGGCUUCACAAUGCAGACUCAAGUGGCUUAAGAGGAUAUGCUAGGAUGCUUGCUAUUCUCCCUGCUGUGAACAAGGCGUAAUCCUUCAGUUUAAAAGGAGUGAAAAGUUUGGAGCAUCCAGAGAGUUAUGCAUAUAUCCCCUUCAUCCUCUCCCAUAGAGGAGAAAGUGUGAGCCAGCAGGGGAUAACCAUAUGCUAUCAAAGUCUUCCGCACAAAAGCAAACAACUCCAGUCCGUUUAAUUACCACUUCAUCAAAUGGACAUGACAAAAAAGUGUUAUGGAGUUCAUAAAGAAAUAUACAUUACCACGUACAUGCAAUAAGAACACAUUUUACUCUGUUUUGUUCCUGCAACGAAGGAGGAUAUUUUCACAAGUGUUUAUAGGUGAAUGGAAUUAUGCAAAAACAACUUAAUAUCACAUUUGGUGCAAAUCCACAACUUCUGUAGUUUGUUUUGUUCUUUAACACUGGCCUCAUAUUGCAAUGGCGUGGGUCAGCUCUGUAGUUUGGAUUUACUGUAAAAACUGCUGCUGAUCGACAAUUAAAGAGUUAUGGCUCCUCAUAUCAGAUAACAAAAGAGCCCAAAUCUCCGUUAACAGAGGUUAAUUUGAGCAUGGCUCCCAUUUCAAUUGUACUGCUGUAAAGGCGCAUAUUAUUUCCCACAUGGGCCUGAAUGAAGACUUUGAUUAUUCAAAAAAGUAUGCCCUGGGCUGGCUGCGUUUAUCGUCAGAAGGGUCAUAAGCUGCGUUAACAGCUUCUAGGGUCUUAUUGCAAUGGCGAUCAGCCCCUUGCCACUUGGCCUCCGUGACCCCCAGUCGGAGAUAAGCUUCAUGGGAAGGCACAUUAACAUGCUCCUGGAGUCGCUAGCGUCUUUUAUCAAAGGCGGUUAUGUGAAAUCGAGUGUUUAUGGACCCCCAGUGAGGACACAGAGCAGCUGAUUGCCUAUAUUAGAGGUUGAGUGUAAAUGAGCUGGAGGUGGACAAUGGACCUGUACUUGCGGCCAGAGCGGAGGACGCUGAUGUUUUUCUUACUUACCAAGCAAUAUAUUUUUGCAAUACCCCGUGAGGAGGUUACCUAGCCAUGAAUCAUAAAUACUCACAAUAUCAUGUCUUCCCUUUCUUACUAAGAUAUGCUAAGUCGUCCAAUGUACAUAUAAACAAAAGUGUUUUAUAUUUUCCUUUUAUUGUUGUUUAAAUGACCAUUAUGUUUCACUAAUUUUUUAAAGACACUUUCCCAGUGGCGGCCUUUUUUUACUUGCAUUCCCCACAGACACAUACGACAGCGGUGCCAGAGGUUGUAUACCUGCUAGUGGCCAUUGAAAGACGCUCUCAGUUUGUCUGCAAUGAUGAACGGUGUCUUCUUACACAUGAUGAAGCUGUACUGUUUUCACUGGACAGACAGAGGGAGAAAGAUACGGUCUCAGCUUAAUGUCCUUCGCUGGUGCUGUGCAUGCGUUUUCCUAUUUGCUUUUCCCUUCACGGCACAGUUAACAUCAUAAAUUAACUUUUCCAAGUACUCUGUGCACAGAGACUGGCGCCUAAUAGAGACAAAUAAUAAAAUUGAAAAAAAUCUGGUCUGUGUUAUGCAAUGUAGCGGCACUGGUCAAAUACAUAGCUUGUAACAGAAUUAAGCAGUUCCUUUGUAUCAAUGGGGUUUCUUGGUCAUUCAAGCAUUAUAUUUUACUGUAUGUGCAUGUACUGUGUACUCAACAGGCCAGUAUGAGACUGUUGUUUGUUCACCAUCACCCCCAAAAAACAAGUGAAAACAAACCGUAGCUCCCUCUCUUCUAAGUAAACGUCUGUAAAUAGGAUGUAAAUACCAAACACCUAUGCAUGCUAUUAUAAAAGCAAUUUGUUCAGGUACUUUUGUAAUCCCAAGUUCUCAUAUAGCAUGGAAGGAAAAAUACAAAAAAAAACUGAACAAUUAAAAUGCAUAUGGUUUGUAAAUGAUUAUUGUUAAUGUUUUCUUACGGACAACUGAUGCAUCGGUCUGACAUUUACAGCCCUCUGCUUAUAUUAUUCAUCCAUGUUUGUAUGUUUCAUAGGAUAGGACUGAUGCAAGGAAGGGCCGUAGAGUGAUUUAUUGAACUUUUGGGUGUUGGAGGAAAAAAAAGUCACCUCCGUGUGAGUACACAGUCAAGGAAUAUUGUUUCAACGCUACAAACUGUGGGCAGACACUUGUUUUUUCUCUCUGUCUAAAUAAAUCUUCACCAGCUGUAGUGUGCUGCUAUGUUAAAAAGGCCAACAUUUCUGAAACAAAUGCAAUAUUGUAAAAAUUAAAGCUGGAGGUAAACACAAUUUUCAACAGAAUGUGUCCACAUGAUAAGAAAUGUUGUGAUUUCAAUUUGAAUUGUAAUAUUGUGUCUACACCAAAAUCUGCCUCUGCCCUGAUCACUUGGAUGUGACAUUUUAUUAAGAUCAAAAUGAGGGAUGUUGGAUGAAAAUGUUGGAUUUCAAAGAGUGUUUAUUUUCAACCAUGUUAAAACAUUAAAUCCCAAGGCGCUCAUGGUAGACGGAAGUGUCUAAUUUUUAAC